CACCAUGAACUACAUGCCUGGCACGGCCAGCCUUAUCCAGGACAUCGACAAGAAGCACCUGGUCCUGCUGCGGGACGGCCGGACGCUCAUUGGGUACCUGCGCAGCAUCGACCAAUUCGCAAAUUUGGUGCUGCACCAGACUGUGGAGCGCAUCCAUGUGGGCAAGAAGUAUGGAGACAUCCCUCGAGGCAUCUUUGUUGUGAGAGGAGAGAAUGUGGUUCUGCUAGGAGAAAUAGACCUGGAGAAGGAGAGCGACACACCUCUGCAGCAGGUCUCCAUUGAGGAGAUCCUGGAGGAGCAGCGUGUGGAGCAGCAGGCCAAGCAGGAGUCAGAGAAGCUGAAGGUGCAGGCACUGAAGGAGCGAGGCCUGGCCGUGCCCCGGGCAGACACCCUGGACGAGUACUGAGCCUGCUGCCCCUCGGACCUGUCCUCUGCAGCACAGUGAGGGCUGCCCUGUGAUCCCCUGUGCAAAGGGAGGUGGGGGGCUGGAUUUUCAGGGUGUGUUUUCUGGGCACAGAUCACUGUUGGCAUGCUGUACCAUGCCUUUGGUUCCUCCUGGUGGAGAAGGAGGGCUUGAAGGCUCUGGGCUGGCCGUGGGGGUGGCCAGGCAUGCCAGGGAGUGCCAGUGGUGAUGGGCAGGAGGUAAAUCUCCUGCUCCUUUGGGUUCUUUUGCUUUUUUCUCCCCACGUGACUCUGGGGGAGG